AUGUUCUCGUCGAAAAAAUGGUCUCCAAAGGGACUGCACGUCUAUAUCACAGGCGGCAGCCAGGGUCUUGGACUUGCACUCGCGAAGCUCGUUGCAGGGAAGGGAGGUCAUGUUUCUAUAGUAGCAAGGACGCAAAGUAAGCUCGACGACGCGCUCAAAGAGCUAGAGGCUACUCGCCAAAACCCAGAGCAGGUGUUUAAAGCAUUUUCAUUCUCCCUCGACACUGCAGAGGAGUCUGCUGCUGCUCUGCGGGCUGCUAGUGAUGCCCACGGUGGACAUGUUCCAGACGCUGUCUUUGCCUGCGCUGGCGCCGCAAAACCGAUGUACCUUCUUGAUAUGCAAGCAGAAGAUCUGACGCGGGGAAUGGCGAAUGGGUACUGGGUACAGGCUUGGACCGCAUUCGCUGCUGCUAAACAAAUGGUUCGCGAGAAUAAGAAGGGGAAGAUCAUCCUGGUGUCAUCGACGCUUGGCUAUAUGUCUUUGAUUGGAUAUUCCUCUUAUUCCCCUGCAAAACAUGCUCUGCGCGGACUCGCCGAUUCUUUGCACUCAGAGCUAAUGCUCUAUGGCAUCGACACUCACAUCUUCUUUCCUCCUACGAUGUAUACCCCCGGCUUUGACGAAGAAAACAAAACGAAGCCAGCUAUCACGAGAACAAUAGAGUCGACGGACGAAGGUCUGACAGCGGAACAGGCUGCUGCCGGGCUCCUCGCAGGUGUUGAGAAUGGCCAUGCGCACAUCACCGCUGAUCUCAUCACGAGCUUGUUCCGAGCUUCUACGCGUGGUUGUGCUCCUCGUAGCAACGCUGCUCUGGAUUUCGCGUUCGACUUGAUUGCUAUGAUCGGGAUACCGUUGUGGAGGCGCUCGGUGGAUAAGCAGGUGCUUUCACAUCGCGAGGAACACCGGGAGUAUCUGAGAAAUAAAGGAUUUUUCAACUAA